CUCUUCCCUUUGAAAUUAUGAAAUGGAAAUAAGAAUUCAGUUUGAGAGUCCGACGUUUUUUUUGUUUAUUUCAAUUUUCAAUUUUCUGUAAUUUUUUAAAUUAAAUUUAACGGCUGAAUAGCAAAAACCGGACGAGCGGCUCGAUCUGCUCCAGAGGUUAACCGCCUCAACCGCUCGUCAACCGCUACAUAAAACUGGAGCGGGUUUUAGACUAUUUCGAGCCGGUUUUGUGACCGGGCCGAGCGACUCGGCUCGACUUUAAUAACACCGAUUAAAAGUCAAGAAUCAUUUUAAAAAAUUACAUUCUCGCGUAUUACAACUUAAAUCUUCUAACAUUAGUUUCAUUUUCCAUCAACUUACUAUUGAGUAAGAGAGUCUACAAUUCUACAUGGACUUUUUAGCCAAGCUCGCCCAAUCACCACGUUUCUAAAUUUAUACACGCAAUGAAAUAGACCCAUCCCAUUUCCCAUCCGGUGACGACUGACGAGUGAUGACCCGCCUCAACGUUUGCUGACGACAACAUUGUGUGUGGCUUCAUUACAAGCCUGGAGCAGCUAGAUAGCCAGCUUCCGUAAUUGGCCCGAAUAAUCCUUCUCUUGUAAUCACUAGGAGUGGCAGAACGGUUUUCGGUUAGCAGUUAAUCGGACGGUUUCAACCAAACCGACCGGUUUUCGGCUAACCGAAAAAUUGGUUCUGAAUGUAUCGGUCGGUUGGCGGUGGGGAAGGGCAGGAGUUCGGCUAGCCGACUAACCGGUGUCGGAAACUGGCGGUUAACCGACUAACCGACCCCGCUUCAGCCCCCACUAACCCUAAGCUCCAUCCAGUCGACCCUCCUCCUCCCAAUUCCCAAAUCAAUCGACUUCCCCUUCCCCAAUCGCCUUCUCGCGCAACCCACUUCCCCUUCCCCCUUCUCGCCUUCUCGCGCAGCGGCGCAGGCGCUCCAGCCCUCCACCUCGUCGCCCCACCGCCUUCACCUCGUCGCCCCGCCGCCUCCACUCGCCGCUGCCGCGCCUCUGCUCUGUGUGGUGUCCAGAUCUGAAAUGGAAGAAGGAAGGAGGGAGAAGGAAUGAGUGGUGGGUGUUGUCUAUUGUGGGUUUGAAAUGGAGGAAGGAGAGAGAAGGAAGAAGUGGUAUGUGUUCUCUGGUGGGUGGAGAGGAAGGAAGGAGAGAGAAGGAGGAAGAAGAUAAGGAUUUAGUGGUAGGGAAUUUUUGUUAUUUUAUUUUAUUUUUUUUAUAGAGAAGGGAGUAUUUUUGGGUAUGCGGCUAACCGAUCCAAAACCAAUAACCGACCGGUCGGUGGUCGGCUAGCCGUGGUGUCCCUCACGGUCGGUGGUCGGCAAUAGGAGGUGGUUGCUCGGUUUAAGUGAUAACCGAGAAAUCGGUUUUUGGUUAAACCGAAACCGACCGACUGCCACCCCUAGUAAUCAGUGUUAUUAAAACCGUUACUCGAUCACAAAAUCAGCUCGGAACAGUGUAAAAGCCGCUCCAGUUUUAUGUAGCGGUUGGCGAGCGGCCGAGACGGUUAACCGUUCGAACCGAUCGAGCCGCUCGUCUGGUUUUUGCCAUUCAAUCGUUAAAUUUAAUUAAAAAAAUUACAGAAAAUAGAAAAUUGCAAUAAACCAAAAACGUCGGGAUCUCAAACUGAAUUCUUAUUUCCAUUUCACAAUUUCGAAGGAAAGAAAUGAGCUUUGAUUAAGAAAUGUCCACUAUUUAUACUGAUAACGUUUAUUAGGUACCGGUUCUCUAACGGUUUUUAAAUGUUCUAAUGCCGGUUGGACCACUAAAAUGCGAACCAUUCGCAUUAACGGGUUAUGCUCCGGUUCGGUUCUGGCAACAUUGCUUGUGAUUAAUAGUCAUGGGCGGUUCAUGAUUUCUCAAAAGCCGAGACACGUGAAUCGGGAUGCAAAUAAACGAACUCCCACGUAGUAUAAUUUAUUGCUUCAAAAAUAAAAAAAUAAUUUAUUUAAGACCAUAAUUAAGGAAAAUAUUUUUUUAUUUGAUAACCAAGGGAACCUCAGCCCCACGUGCCGCUUGAGCGACAACGGGGCCUACUAUUUUGGUUCAAUAUAUGUUAAUAUAAUAUUGGUUUAACUGUUUUGCUGGUUAUGGUUAAUAUUAUGUUAAUAUAAUAUUGGUUGAAUAUAAUUUUUUCUUAUGAUUGUGAUAAUGAUAUCAUAUUGAUACAAUAUUGAUUAAAUCCUGCCAUCUCAAUACUCUUUUACAAACAAAGAUUAAAACACAAAUGGAGGAAAUUAACGAUAAUAUAAAAUGAGAACAUCCAUCACACUCUAAAUUUAAAAAUUUGGGGGUCAAUGACCAUCGAGAAAAUAUCUCUUUUAGAGAGAGUUCAAUACAUUAUUAAUUAUUUUAGCUAUACUAUUUUAUUCCGUAACGAUUUUGUUUCAUGUCUUGUGUGGUUACUCCUAUCUACUAUCUAGCAUUCUUUUGGCAUUUUCAUUUUAGGCCCCGAGAAAGAAAGAGAUUUUUCUUUUUUUGUGGUUUUUGUUUUCUAGCCGGCGAAUAUGAUAAUAACUAGCAAAGGACCGACUGAAUGCCAAGUCUGCAAGCGGUCAACCUGUUAUCAAUAUUUUGUAAUGCCGAUUAUAAAAUGUUUAAGUCUUCCUCAUACAAUGGUCAACAUUAUUCUAGUAGCGUCAUUUGUUUGCUUUAUGUUGGGACUUGGUGGAGUCCUUUUUCUAGCCUAACUUUUUCUAGUUGCCAUUAUUAAAAGUAGAUUAAUUUAGUUUUUGAAACAAUCUAACUAUGAAUUGAAAUUUGAUCUAAAACCCAAUACGGUAUGACUGGUAUAAAAAACUAAAUAUUAUACUGAUUUUAUCGUAUUGGUAUGUACUUUUUAGUAUUAGUAUUUUUUUAGUGCUAUUAUUUUUUCGCAUUGAUACGGUCAUAUGGACUAUUAUUUAAUGGUAUUUCUUUAUUGGUAUUGAUGUUAUCGUAUUGGUAUUGAUCUUCACGUAUUAGUAUUUGUUAAAUCUGCAAUGAUAUUGGUUAAUAAGCGGUAUAAGUUGUGGUAGUGGUAGUUUUUGUGUAGGAUGAAGUGAUAAUGUUUUUAUGUUUUGUUAUUGAUUUAUUGUUUUAUUUCUACAAUAGUACUGAUGUUUCUUGAAGUGGCAGUGUUUGUUUAAUGGAUUGGUAUUGAUUUCUUGUUUCAAUUUUUGCAAUGGUAUUAGUUCGGCUGAAAGGAGAAAAUGAAAAGAUUGAGAAAAAUAAGGCAAAGAGGUGGCUGGAAAUCCGCGGAAGCGAGAGAGAGGGAGAAAUAAAAUUUUAAUUAAUAUAUUUUUCUAACUUCAUAAAAUGUAAUUUAUUAAAAAGAGAUUAAUAAUAAAAAUUCAUACCCAAUUUGCUCUUAGUAGCUACGAGUGGUGGUGAUGAUGGAGGUUGUGCCUGUGGGAAUUAGGAGGGACGAGAGGUUGGAGUGGGGAUAGAUAUUAGAUAGAUAGUUAGGGAAUUAGGGUAUUAUUAGAGUUGCAGGACUACUAGUCGGUUGUAAUCGACCCGAAACCCAAAUAAAUCGAAAAACCAAAACCCGUUUUGAAAACCGAAACCGAUAAGAGAGUUUUCGAUUUUGGUUACCCCAAACCGAAAAAUCUUUUAACGUUUUGGGUUCGGUUAAGGCAAAACUGAAGCCCGGAAACGAAAACACCCUAUUGGAUAUGAAGCUUUUGUAUCUUUAGCUAAACCCGAAAUUGAAACCGAAAAAUAAAACUCAAAACCGAAAAUCCGAACAUGAAAGAAAACCGAAAACCUGAUAAUACAUCUUAUCGGUUCGGGUUUGGUUACAACCGAAAACCCAAACCCGAAUUGACACCCCUAAGAACUAGUAUCCCGAUAGACAUUAUUACCUUUAAAGGAUUUGAGUGACUGCAUCUUACAUGUUGUCCGUGUCAUUAAAAACCUCAACUCCAGUUCUGGAAAACAAAUCGCCAUAUGAGGUUUUAGGCUGCUUGUGAUAUACCAUCACAUUGGCUCAUGGAAGAACCAAAUGCCUCCUGCUACUCAUGUUGAAUAUGAUGAUCACUAUGUUUAUAUUCUGAUUACGAUAACCAAGAGUUACUCUCAUAAAUUGAUGUUGACUUAGAUUUACCAAAGGCAGGAAGACCUCCAAGGCACAUGAUUCUGUCUGUCAAAAAAUCAGUUGGUCCCAAUAACUCGAGUUGUUGGGAGAGGUUUAAUCGUGAAUCAUAUACCACAACACUAACACGCCCCCUCAAACGAAAGCCACUCACAAGAGCUUGAAGUUUGCACAGGGCUGAAGACAAUAAUACCAUGUGCUUAACAAAUGGGGGGUCACCGGGAAUCGAACACAAGACCUCUCGGUCACAGAAGGCUUUGAUACCAUGUCAAGAACCAAUUGGUCCCAAUAACUCGAGUUGUUGGGAGAGAUCCAAUCGUGGAUCAUAUACCAUCACAUUGGCUCAUGGAAGAACCAAAUGCCUCCCGCUACUCAUGUUGAAUAUGAUGAUCACUAUGUUUAUAUUCUGAUUACGAUAACCAAGAGUUACUCCCAUAAAUUGAUGUUGAUCCAGAUGACUUAGAUUUACCAAAGGCAGGAAGACCUCCAAGGCACAUGAUUCUGUCUGUCAAAAAUCAGUUGGUCCCAAUAACUCGAGUUGUUGGGAGAGGUUCAAUCGUGGAUCAUAUACCACAACACUAACACGCCCCCUCAAACGAAAGCCACUCACAAGAGCUUGAAGUUUGCACAGAGCUGAGACAAGAAUACCAUGUGCUUAACAAAUGGGGGUCACCGGGAAUCGAACACAAGACCUCUCGGUCACAGAAGGCUUUGAUACCAUGUCAAGAACCAAUUGGUCCCAAUAACUCGAGUUGUUACGAGAGAUUCAAUCGUGGAUCAUAUACCACAACACUAACAUUGUCAAGUGAAUAUAAUGAGUAAUGACUACCAUCUGGACCCGUCACUCAAAUAUGAAGCUUUUGGAAAGACAAAUGCAUGCAUUAAUAUCCUUUGUGUUUGAAUGUGAAUGGAUUGAGUUCCAUUGAUAGAUCCUUUGCAUUAAGUCUGAUAAAUCAGAUGGAGCCUAAAUCAUAUUACGAGGCGGUUAAGUUUGAUGAAUGAAAUAGAACUCUCAACUCACAGUUCAUUAUUUUAUAGUUUUUUGUUACUAUACGGGCGUAGCCGGAGAUAAAAUUUAGUGGGGUCCAAACAAAAUGAAAUACAAAAUUUCUCUAAAUAGUAAAAUCAUUGUCUUGGGAAGAGGGGUCCAUGGUUCUAAAUUUACUAACCACACCUUAAAAAUCCAUCAUUUUUAAUGUAUAUUCAUUUUUCAAGUGGGGUCCAUGGACCCCACAUCCCCUCACCUAGCUCCGCCUCUAUACCUUAAGAGACGUACGUGACAUAACAUAAUUGCUCAUGUAGUGGUAAAAAUUACUCUUUUAUCACUGGAUCAAAUAACUAUAUAAUUAAACAAAGAUUUUCAGGGAAGACAAAUAUACUCUUUGUUGCUCCCAAAAAUAACAAGAUGGCCUAUUUUUCGUGAGUCGUGACCCUUCUAUGUUCGCUUUGUUAAGGGAGUGGGUUCCAAUUUCCAAAUUGUAUCCACUAAUUCUUAUGUAGAUUUUUGUACUCCAUUUUAUAUGCAAAAAUAAAAUUGAAUACUAAUAAUAAAUUGGCAAAAUACACUCUUGUAGUCAAAACUUUGACGGUUUGGCCAAAUAUAGUCACGUUUGGCGAAAUACCAAAUAUAGCCACUUCCGUCCAAUUGUUUGACGGUGUUAGUUAACGUGCUGACUAGACUAACAGCAGCGGUUAACGUGACAUAUUUUAUUCAAAAAUAAUAUUAGGUGGAAAAUAAUUAAAACUUUAUCCUUUUAUUUUAUUUUAAUUAAAUUAAAUGAAAAAAUAAAAAGUAUUUUUGAACCAUCCAUCCUUCUCUCUUUUUCAAUUUAUUCUAAUUAAGUUUAAUAAAACAUUAAAAAAAAAAUCUACAAUCCCAACCUGUUCAUCUUCUUCCACUGCCUCCCUCGCCCUCAACCCCACCCCAAUCCACCGUCGCCUUCACUCUUGUCCACUGCUGCCUCCUUAUGAGGAUCGUAUCCCAAGCACCAAAGCGAUUCACGCCGUUACGCUGGGGAAAUUGGGGCUGUGUCCCGAGCACCAAAACUUCUCUCUACUCCAAUCCCUCUCCUCUCUCUCUCUUCAUUCCCCUUGCAUUAGUUAUCCCAGUCGUCGCUCCUGUUAGAACAAUCCUCCCAGAUCCGCUUUUGAUAUCAGUCAAUCCGGCAGCAACUCCGCCACUGCCUUGUCCUUAUCCCUCCACGAAAUCCCUCGGAUCUCGCAUGAUUUCGAGCUUCUUCUCCGGAUCCAUGGUGGGCGACUAGCGACGGUGGGCGAUUGCUGCGACGAUGGGGUUUCCCAAUUUGUGCGGUGGGUGACUGGCUAGGGUGGGCGAUUUAUGCGGCAUCACUGUGAAAAAUGGGAUCCUUUGGCUUUCCCAAUUUGUUGUUCCCCAUCUAUCUCUGUUAUUCCUCAUCUCUGUUGAUUGAAAAUACAAGGGCAAAAGUUGAAGAUGGCGAGCAGUUUGGUGGACGGGGGAGAUGGAGAUGAAGGGAAGAAUAGAUAAAUUAAUUAUUGUAUUUUUAUGAUUUUUCAUUUAUGAUUUUUUUAAUUUUUAAAUUAAAAUAUGACAUGGCAUCUAUGUGGCAACUGUUGGUGAGUUGUGAAUGAUGUGUCUGGUGAGUUGGCAGCCAAAUAAGCGUUCCGUUAAUUUAACUAACAGUGUCACUAACAUCAUUAAAAUAUGUAACAGAAAUGACUAUUUUCUUUUGGGAAAAAAAUGACUAUAUUGGUCAUGAAACUUUCAAAAUUCUAACUAUUUUUUAUAUUUAGCCAAAAAUGACUAUUAUUAUCACAGUUCUGCCUACACAAAUUGAUUUUGGCCUAAUAAAUAUAACAACGAGAAUUACCGGCGAUUGGAGCUAUUUUUUUUUUAUUACUUUUGACAGCCACCGUCAUCGCCACCGCCAACAUUUCCGGCCGCUCCAGAAUCUUCCUUGCAUUCUCUUAAAAAACAAAAAAACUGUGCUCCUCUAAGGCAUAUCAACGGCAGCUUCUGGGUUUUCAGUUCGAAGCGCGAGAACGAUGUUUAAGAAAGCAGUGGAGGCGAAAUCGCAUCAGAGGCUAUCCGGAGCUGACCGGAAGAAGCUCAAACGAACCCUCAAGAGACAAAUUCCCGCGUGCUUCUGAUUCCGAUAUGGACGUCUUAUUCCCACCCAAGGUGGAGAUAGCAGUUGCUAAGCUUCAUAAUCGGGUCCUGGUUUAUAGUGUUGAAGUUUUUGCUCUUUGGAGAGUACCUGCACUCUUGCCUUCUUUUCUGUUGAAGGGAGGUGAGGUUUCUCGAUUCAUGCUUGGAGGUGCUGAUUUGAUGUUCCCGGGCAUUAGUAUGCCUGCUGAAGGACUACCCUCCUUUAAAGUUGGUGAAGUAUGGUCUGUGAAAGUUCCUAGGAACCCAGCACCUGUUGCUGUUGGGUUAACUACUAUGAGCAGUACUGAAGCAAUGAAAGCUGGUCUGCGUGGCAAGGCUUUAAGAGUAACACACUAUUACAGGGACCCACUUUUGUCAGUGGACGGUCACUUUGUGCCUAAUGCAGGUUUCUUGGAGGAUAUUGUUAUUGAGGAUCUGGCUGCCUCUCUAGUGGCCCAAGAUUCUGAUUCAGCUGAAGGUCUUGAUCGUCAUUCUCCACAUGACGAACAGGACGGCAAAACAACUGACGAAGUUGAGAAAUUGGCUGUAGCAAAUGACGCAAUGGAUCAUCUUCCUUCGUCAUCAACCGAAGCUUCCAAAAGUCAAGUCGAACAAUUAAAUGUAGAGGUUGGUAACGUGAAGGUUUCAGAUAAUGUUGGUGAUGAAUCAGCUGCUGAGGAACAACAGCAUACCUUAUCUGCCGAGGAAGUGGAUAGUUUGUUGGACAAUUGUCUUCUGCAAGCCCUUCAUACGACUGUUAAAGACAAGGAUCUAUAGAUGCCUGGAAGCACUUUAUGGUAACAUCUGUUGUGUUCUUGGAAUUGAUGUACUGUUUUACCAAAAAGUAAAGGAAACUGAAAAAAGGAACUGAUUAACUGAGGUUGACUAUUUUGAUCAGCUGGCUUUGGAAGCUUGUUUCCCAGAUUUAUAUGUUUGUGAAAUUUUGUGUGUCCACUAAGUUCGUUUUUGCUUUGGUUUUCAAUUUUGUUAGUGUUUCACUCGCACCUGAAUGAUCUAUGGCUUCCGACAUGUCCAAGUCUUGAAGAACCACAAGAACCCACUCUGCCAGUAGUGUUCAUUACUAUCUUCUAAACCUCGACCUAGUAUCCCCUUUUAGGAAUGGCAGUGUUAAACGAGAAAUUAAGUGAUGAUUCUGAU